AUGUCGGUUCUUGGCGCAGGCUCGCCACUUUCGGAUAUGGAUCAUCACAGCGGCAAUAAUGUCGUCGCAGAUGGCGCAGCUUCAUCGGCAUCCGCCUCUCCAUCAUCAACACCAGCACCUCAGCCACACGACAAACCCCCCACUCGAACAGUAGUGAUCGCAAAACUCGAAGAAGAAGACGCCUCAUGGGUCGACGACCUCGUCCAGACCGACCCCCACCUCACCAGCGCCGUCUACACCGUCGACAACCCCAACGCAACCCUCACCGUCCCCCAAAACAAAGGCCACGAGGUCAUGGUCUACCUCACCUACAUAAUCGACCACUACACCUCGCUCAGCGACGUGACGCUCUUCAUGCACGCGCACCAGUACACCUGGCACAACAACGACUUCCUCAACUCCGACUCGGCGCUGCAGGUCCGGCGCCUGCGCAGCGAGUACGUGCUCCGCAGCGGGUACGUCAAUCUCCGCUGCCACCUUAGCCCGGGGUGUCCGGAUCACAUCCACCCGACGGUGGGCGGGGACGAUCUGCUGAAUAUCCCCGAGGCGGCGGUGUUUGGGAAUUCGUGGCAGGAGCUGUUCCCUGGGACUCCGGUGCCGAGGGUGCUGUCGCAGCCGUGCUGUGGGCAGUUUGCGGUGAGUGCGGAGCGCAUUCGGACGGUGGCCCUGGAGAGGUAUGUGGGGUAUCGCGAGUGGUUGCUCGCGACGCCGUUGGAGGAUAAGCUGUCUGGGCGGGUGUGGGAGUAUCUGUGGCAGUGGCUGUUUACGGGGCGGGAGGAGUAUUGUCCGGAUGAGCAGGUGUGCUAUUGUGAGGGGUACGGGGUGUGUUUUGGGGAGGGGGAGUAUGAGGAGUAUUUCAGGGUGAGGGACGAAUCGAGGGAGCUGGAGAGGAGAGUCGAGGAGCUGAAGCAGUCUGCGGAGCCAUCUGUCGAGGAGGACAUUCGGUCACUGAAGGAUCAUAUCGACGAAUUGCAUCAGAAGAUGAACGCGAUCAAGAGCAAAGUCGUCUCAUAG